AUGAGACUCACGGCUCUCCUCGUCCUGGCAGUGCUGACUGGGGCCCUGGUCUGUGCACAUGACCCAGAGGCCGCGUCUGCCCCAGGAUCGGGGAACUCAUCCCAUGAGUCAUCAGCAGUCACACAGGAAAAUGGAGAAUCCUCAGGGUUAGACAAAAAGACACCAAAGCCAUCAAGGAAGCAAAGAUCCAGCCCUCCAGACGGUGACAAAGAGGAAAUAAAAAAGGUUACUGGGGAACUUGAACACAAAGCAUCAGGUCUACUUGAUCACCUAAAGCAAAAAGUUGGUGCUGUUUGGGAUGCUGUUGAAGAUGUGACAAAAAGACUGACACUGACAAAAGACCUGGGGCUGAAGAAAAGAUGAGGAAUGAUGCC